ACCUGUAUUUGUUCAUUCGUCAGACUAUGCUCCUAGAAGGACGAGUGUUUCGAGGACUUGCUCCUGCAGUUUCUCUCUCCACAGAAUCAGGAAAGAGCGACAAGGAACUGCCACCAAAUCCCAAGAAGCAAAGUCCACCAAAAAAUGUAGUGGAACCAAACAAGAAGGGCAAGCUACUAACCACCCCAGCAGCAGCCGAAUUGUCUAAAAACGUAGCUUCACCCAGUUCUUACUCGUCAGUGGUGAAUCGCGGUAGGACAGUAGCUGGCCCUAGUGACAGCAGCCCCAGUGACAACGUGCAGUUUACAGAUGCAGGGCUUCCAGCGUUUUUGUCAAGAAAGACUUUGGUAGAGUUUCCUCAGAAAGUUCCACCUUCAUUCGAAAAGCAGGGUUCCGAAGCUCUUGGGAAGAGCAGGAAAGGGACGAGCAGUUCGUCUUCAUCGUCGUCUUCAUCUUCGUCUUCGUCCAGCUCCUCUGAUUCAGAGUCUGACGAGGAUGGAGCUGGCUCAAAAGUUGAUUCCCAGGUGACGAGCACAGGCAGAGGAAAGGGUCCAAAACCAGGGGCCUCCCGUGCCUUUGAAAACAGAGCGCCCCAAAUUUCGAUAUCUGCAAAAGAGAAGACCUGGUCCCCGCAGCCACAUCUGGACCUCCCCUCUCCAGAGAAGCCCCGUCAGACAAAGAAGAAGGCGACCCCCACUAAGCCAUUAAAGGACAGAAAAGACACUGAACCAAAACCCACGGUACCCAAGUCACAAGUAGAUGAAGAGUUGCUAAAGCAAACUGUAAAGGAAAAAAAACUGCAGAAAGUAUUUAGGUCGAAUAAAAUAGAGAAAGAAAGCCAAGAGCCAUUUGAAGUUAAAAAAACCUCAUCUGACCAUACAAAAUCGGGAUUGUCUGCACAACCGAAGGGCGGCCUGAUGCCCCCUCAACUGACAGAAGAAGUCACCGCAGGAAGAUGGCUGCAAGCGACUCCUCCUGAGACCAGGGGGAGACGUCCAGAAGACCAAGCCCCCGACCCUGAUGGGGACAUGGCUUUUCCCCUAUUCAAAAAAGAGAGCUUGGGGAAGCAGGUGAUAGAAGGAACCUUGAAGGCUAAAGAAGGGACUUUGGAAGAUCAGGGAUCAAUAAAAAAUCUGAAGCCAGUUCCUGUUCAGAAUAAAGAAGUUUUUGAGGAAGAGAUCCCAGUACUGAAGCUUGAGGCAAAGGGCGGAACCACUGAGGACGCAGCGAGCCAGGUGGACGAGCAGGCCAGCGCCCAGGAGCCCGCACAGGCCGCCGCGCCCCCCGAGCCCUUCGACAACACCACCUACAAGAACCUGCAGCACCAUGACUACACCCCGUACACCUUCCUAGACCUGAACCUGAACCUCGCCAAGUUCAGGCAGCCUCAGCCCUCCUCCGGACGGGAGUCCCCUCGCCACUGAGGACUCGGCUUAAAGGUGACCGUCCGUCGUCCGUCUGCUGCAGUCUUGCCUGUGAAAUAAAGUCUGCUCCAGUCAUGAGG